UAUAAACAAUAGCUGUAGAAAAAAGUGAUGUGUAGAGUUUACUCCUUUCCAUGACUUCCGGUGUAAACAACAAUGGCGGAAAAGGGAGCGCAUGUGAAUGUCAUGAGAAACUUUGUUGACAAUCUACAGCUAGUAUUGUCGCAAAUAAGAGAGGGAGAGUCGCAGAGGGAUGAAAAGGAUGAGUUUGAUCGUCAGGCCUAUUGGAGUCACUUAGGGACAAUAUUUACAGCCAUAUCAAAUGAAGCUACCAAACUGUCCAUGGCAUUCUCCAAACCACCAGCCCCGCCACCUGAGCAUUCACAGCUCAUGAUUACAUCCCUGGAGAAAGCCACCCUGGCUCUAGUGUCUGCCUACUACUCCUUUCCCAAGACACAAGGUGUGACACUAAGAAAGGCUCUGAAGAAGGCUGUUCUGAAUAUAAUGGAGAGUGUCAAGAGCUUGGCUCAGAACAUCGCAGACUACGAUCUAGGGUCCCAGGAGCAGAUGCGAGCUACUGGCAUUGUGUGGCAUGGAGCAGAAAUCCUCUCAACUCUACCUAAAGAUAACCAGAGAGCCGCACUGGCCAUACUUGAAGAGACGUCGGAGUUAGUGAGGGAUGCAUUACAUGAGCUGCAAGAGGCCCUGGACAAUGAAGGUCAGGCAGAUGACCUUGACGAGCUGCUGAUUGCUGAUGGCUUUGUGAUGUCUAAUGAGGACACAUGGACGGACUCGGACAAGGAAGUCUUGACUGCAUGUAUGGGUCUCAUCAAAACCGUCAAGUCACUGCUGAAGAAGUCCAAGGAAUCGGUCAAGCAGAACGCUGUAUGUGACACUGAGGCUAACAUCGCUCAGCUUGACGAUCUGGUGGACCAUCUGGGCAACUUGAGUCCUGCCACGGACAACCUUGCCGCCUGCCUCUACCCUCCCAUGGUGUACCAGAGUAUCAUGAAGCAUACGGACGACCUAUCAGCUUGUGUGGAGAAGUACCUUCAGUUCCUCAAGCACUCUCACAUGACGGGGGAGGGAGACCAACAGUGGCUGGAGUUCCUUCUCAAGGCUAAUCUACACAACCGGGAUAAAGUUCACAGCCUUGUUCACAAGAGCUAGUUGCGAUGCCAACCAGAUUUCAUCGUAGUUCACCAAUCUGCUGAAAUAUUGUCUGGCUGUGUCUUUUGUGUGCUCAGCACCAUUGUGUUGUAUUCCCAGUGUGUGUGUGUGUGUGUGUGUGUGUGUGUGUGUGUGUGUGUGUGUGUGUGUGUGUGUGUGUGUGUGUGUGUGUGUGUGUGUGUGUGUGUGUGUGUGUGUGUGUGUGUGUGUGUGUGUGUGUGUGUGUGUGAGGAAGUGUGUUAAAGUGGUGCCGCACAUUACCAUGGUGUUGUAUUCCCAGUGUGCGUGCGUGAGUGUGUGUGUGAGUGAGAGAGAGUGUUAAGUGAUGCAUCAUCACACUAUCCCAUGGCGUUGUAUGUGUGUGAGAGUAAUCAGUGACCUCACAUUACCAUGGCAUGGUAUUCCCAGUGUGUGAGAGAGUGUUGAGUGAUGCCACAUUACCAUGGCAUGGUAUUCCCAGUGUGUGAGAGAGUGUUGAGUGAUGCCACAUUACCAUGGCAUGGUAUUCCCAGUGUGUGAGAGAGUGCAGAGUGAUGCCACAUUACCAUGGCAUGGUAUUCCCAGUGUGUGAGGGAGUGCUGAGUGAUGCCACAUUACCAUGGCAUGGUAUUCCCAGUGUGUGAGUGAGUGUUGAGUGAUGCCACAUUACCAUGGCAUGGUAUUCCCAGUGUGUGAGUGAGUGUUGAGUGAUGCCACAUUACCAUGGCAUGGUAUUCCCAGUGUGUGAGAGAGUGCAGAGUGAUGCCACAUUACCAUGGCAUGGUAUUCCCAGUGUGUGAGAGAGUGUUGAGUGAUGCCACAUUACCAUGGCAUGGUAUUCCCAGUGUGUGAGGGAGUGCUGAGUGAUGCCACAUUACCAUGGCAUGGUAUUCCCAGUGUGUGAGAGAGUGCAGAGUGAUGCCACAUUACCAUGGCAUGGUAUUCCCAGUGUGUGAGGGAGUGUUGAGUGAUGCCACAUUACCAUGGCAUGGUAUUCCCAGUGUGUGAGUGAGUGUUGAGUGAUGCCACAUUACCAUGGCAUGGUAUUCCCAGUGUGUGAGUGAGUGUUGAGUGAUGCCACAUUACCAUGGCAUGGUAUUCCCAGUGUGUGAGAGAGUGCAGAGUGAUGCCACAUUACCAUGGCAUGGUAUUCCCAGUGUGUGAGAGAGUGUUGAGUGAUGCCACAUUACCAUGGCAUGGUAUUCCCAGUGUGUGAGUGAGUGUUGAGUGAUGCCACAUUACCAUGGCAUGGUAUUCCCAGUGUGUGAGGGAGUGUUGAGUGAUGCCACAUUACCAUGGCAUGGUAUUCCCAGUGUGUGAGGGAGUGCUGAGUGAUGCCACAUUACCAUGGCAUGGUAUUCCCAGCAUGUGAGGGAGAGUGUGACCCCCAUGCUUUACCAUGGUUGUGCUGGACAGAUUUGUAUCAGCUUACUAAAAACAACUGGUUCUAUGGAACUUGGCAGUAUCUCUUUUGCGUAGAAAAUAAAUGUGCUACCCAGGUAAAAAACAGAAAUAAGAUGCUGUUACAUCCUGGCAUUUUACUGAUGAAGAUGGGAAGAGAAUCAAGACUAUUUUCUUUUACCUAUAAAAUCUUCUUUCUUGACUUUCACAUUGAUAAAUCAUUAUCUAAUGUUAAAAUAUAAAAAUAUAAUAUUUUUGGUUAGAAAUGUUAAGAAAAGACUGUUAGAAUGGUUAGUAAAUGAAAAAACAAGUCCAUAAAUUUUGUUGUUGCACAGAGCAAUGAAUGAACAUUGUUGUUACCGGUAGUUUAUCAAGCAGCGUAUUGAUGUAAGCCUGCAUGUUUGUCCUUCUACCACAGUUUAGCCUUAUAUCACUAUGUAAACUAUCAGACAGCUGACUCCCACCUUCCCGAGGCAAGAGUGUCGACUAGCCUUUUUAUCAAAGUCUUGUUUCCACCCUUGCCACAUCAAGCCCACUUUCCUGUGCUAAAUAUAUUUGGACUAUUGCACAUAUCAAUAGUCCAGUCAGAGACAUCCACCACUGUACACCUUCGUAUGAAAGUGAUUUACCACUGCCUGUCUUUGUUGACAUUAAAAUGUCAUUUUUAUCCUUUAAACCCCCCAAUGAUUGCCUAUGUUUUUGUGUCAGGGAUGAAAUUGCGAAUGUUUUCGUUAUCUGAUCGACUAGGUCGUUGCCUAUGGUAGUAACCAAUCUCUGUGAAGCUAUUGAUAUUUGAUAUUGACUGGUGGACACGCUUGCCUCAGGAAACAAGGCUUUGAUAUUGGCUGGUAGACAUGCUUGCCUCAGGAAUCUAGGCUUUGAUAUAGGCUGGUUGACAUUGGGAAGAUGGCUGUCUUCAUGCACCUUUCAGUUGUAGUAUACAUGUCCAGUACCAUUAGCCAACACCGUUCAGAAAGAUGGGAUGACGGACAUUAAUACCAAUGAAUGUCAAUUUUGCCAAACCCGGUUCUCAAAAGAGUCCCUUCCCAAUGAAUCAUUCCCAGCAGUAGCACAGACAGGAUACAGGCCUGUCAGUGUUAAAACUCACUUGGGAAUUCAAGUCUUCGCCAGGCAUUUACAGGGGGACAGAACAUGAAGACAUGAAACUUUUCAUGGAUAACUUUUGAAUUAUUUGUUACAUUUCAGGGCAAGAUGAAGAGGUAACCAGUAGCCCUGAAUUAAUUCAAACAAUAAAGAAAUUGUUAUCCAUAAAAUGGUUUCAUGUCGUCACCCGUCAUGAACUUGAGUCUGGACUUCCUGUCAUGAACGAUGGCACAAAACACAGAACCGUUUCAGUUUUACAUUGUUUAUUGUCAUAGUUUUACAUAUGUACAUACUUGUACAUACUUUUAUGCAUAUUAGUGUAUUUAAGUUCUUCAUGUACAUUGAUAUGUUGUGUACAGGCUUGUUACCAUGGUUACAGUAUAUAUCUUGUUGGUGGCAUGUACAAUGGUGAAGAAAUAAACUAAGUUCAUACGAA